UUCCGGUGGUGUGCUGUGAAAAUAGUAUUUCACAAUACAUUAGUUGUUUGUCGUCAAUCGCAGCAGCAGUUAGUUGUGAAAAUUGUGCUGAAAUUGUUUGUUGAGGAGUAUCUGGUGUGCAGCUGAGGAAAGAAACUUGUACCAAGGCACACGAGCUGAAGCAGAGUGGUCGGAAGCAUAAAAAAGCAGACGCACACAAGACACCCGAGGAGAAUUUGCGAGUAGUUUGCUGCGAGGAGAGAUAAGGAGAAGAUGGCUAGUGGUCAGGCAUUACUGAAUGGAGACGAUAAGCAUGCCAGGAAGGGCGUCACCGUGGUCCUGGGCGCCCAGUGGGGCGAUGAAGGCAAGGGAAAGGUCGUGGAUAUGCUCGCCACGGGCAUGGACAUUGUGUCUCGGUGUCAGGGAGGCAACAAUGCUGGUCACACAGUGUGUGUGAAUGGCGUGGAAUAUGACUUUCAUCUGCUUCCCAGUGGGAUUAUCAAUGAGAAAUGCGUAUCAGUAAUUGGAAAUGGCGUUGUCAUCCACUUGCCGGGCCUGUUUGAUGAGUUGAAGAAGAACGAAGCCAAGGGUCUGCAAGGCUGGGAGAAGCGCUUGAUUGUCUCAGAUCGUGCUCAUCUUGUGUUUGACUUCCAUCAGCAGGUCGAUGGUCUGCAGGAGGCGGAGAAGGGUGGCAAAUCUCUGGGCACAACAAAGAAGGGCAUUGGACCGACAUAUUCGAGCAAAGCCACAAGGAAUGGAAUCCGAGUGGGUGAUCUUCUCGGGGAUUUUGAACUCUUCAGUGAGAAACUACAAGCUUGCGUUUCACUCUAUCAGCGAAUGUUUCCCGAGCUCAAUGUUGAUGUGAAGAGCGAACUCGAGAGAUAUAAGGAAUUUGCUGAGAAGUUGAGACCUCUUGUUGGCGACACUGUUUUCUACAUGCACAGAGCUAUUCAGGAGGGAAAGAAGGUGCUCGUCGAAGGAGCAAAUGCCGCUAUGCUGGACAUUGAUUUUGGCACUUAUCCUUACGUGACGAGCAGCAAUUGCAGUAUCGGCGGAGUCCUGACUGGACUCGGUCUUCCACCUCAGGUGAUCAGUGAUGUUGUGGGUGUGGUGAAGGCGUACACAACCCGCGUGGGAGAUGGCCCAUUCCCGUCAGAGCAGCGCAAUGAAAUUGGUGACACUCUGCAGUCGCGUGGCUUCGAAAUUGGCGUGACGACUAAGAGGAAAAGACGCUGUGGUUGGCUGGAUUUGGUUCUCCUGCGCUACACCUCCAUUGUCAAUGGAUACACACAUUUGUGCUUAACAAAGCUCGACAUUCUGGACACGCUGAAGGAGAUAAAGGUGGCCGUCGGGUAUAAAUUGAAUGGCAAGCGGCUAGAGUACUUCCCGGGAUCUGUCACUGAUCUCGCCAAUGUGGAGGUGGAGUAUGCCACGCUUCCUGGAUGGGAGACUUGCACGGAGAACGUGAGGGAGUUCAGUCAACUGCCGAAGAAUGCCCAAGACUAUGUGCGGUUUAUUGAGAAGGACCUCAAAGUGCCCGUGAAGUGGGUUGGCGUGGGCAAAGGCCGGGAGUCUAUUAUAAAUGUGUAACUUUGGGGCGAGGCGGAGAAGGAGAGCACCAAAAAGCAAAAGACACCGUCGACAAUACACCCCCUCCCCUUUGGAAGAAAACUGAUCAAUUGGCAAAAUUGCUUGAAAGCGAUGAAAUUGAAGAGAAAGAGAAAGUUGAAGUGGACUUUUUGGAAAUAGGAA